AUGGCCAUGCGCACCAUGCGACAGCCUUCGCAACCGCAAGAGGACGGCGAGGACCAGGGCGACGACGUGGACGAGGACGCAAGGCAGGAGCAGGAGCAGGAGCUGGAGCUGGAGCCGGAGCAAGGCCAGGAGCAGGACAGGUUGUGGAACCGAGGCGGAGGGGUGGGCGGAUACAUAGACUUGCACGGGCAGACAAGACGGGCGGGCAGAUACCAAGCUUAUAUCUCCCUGACGUACACAAAAGAUAGAUAG